AUUAAUACAAGAAUAAACGAAGAGACAAGUGGCUAAAAUUCUCAGACCGCAGAAUGAAGCAAGUGGUCAUACAGCGGAUCAAUCAUAUCCCUCGGGGCACUCCUGACCUUGGCAUCCAGGUCCUCACUAACCAGGCUUCGCUUCACUGCCGUCAACCACUGCCGUCAGCCACACAACGAGUUUUGUCAAGUUUUCUGCAUCUGCUCGCCAAAUCGUGGUUUAAGCCCGGGUGUUUUAUCCAUUUGCACCGAAGGAAUAUCGGGCCUUUCCGAAUCAGCAAACAUCCGCCGACUUGGUUCUUCGCACCAGUUGACUUCAUCCGGCGACGAUUCUGAAGGAUAUUGUGGCAUAUAAUUCCAAAUGGAUCGUCAUUCAACUCCUACACGAAGCGACCUGGAGUGCAUGCUACGUGAUGAAAAGGCAGAACCGAAGGCCCUGCCAUUAUCACUCCUGGAAGAUAUCACUAAUGGAUUUUCUGAGGAGCGGGAAAUUGGCAGUGGUGGAUUUGCAGUGGUCUAUAAGGGAAUGCUUGAGAAUGGGGCGGCCGUUGCGGUGAAGAGGAUAUCCAUACCAUUUAUGUUUGAGAAAGAAUUCCACCGAGAGGUUGAAUGUCUGAUAAAGGCAAGUCACCAAAAUGUGAUACGAUUUAUUGGAUAUUGUGCUGACUCACAAGGGAAAGCUGAAAGCUAUGAUGGAAAAUUUGUGAUGGCAGAUGUACAACAAAGAUUACUCUGCUUUGAAUAUCUACCCCACGGAACUCUCGAUAAGUAUAUCACUGAUGUAUCUUGUGGACUUGACUGGAGAAAACGUUACAGGAUAAUCAAUGGGAUUUGCAAGGGAUUACACUACCUCCAUGAAAAUCGAAUUCUUCACCUGGAUCUUAAACCUCCAAACAUUUUGUUGGAUCAUAAUAUGCUACCAAAAAUUGCUGAUUUUGGUUUAUCAAGACGCUUUGAUGAAAAGCAAAGCCGGGCUAUUACUGCGAAUAUGUGUGGAACAUUUGGAUAUUUGGCACCAGAAUUCGUUAAUGGUGUAAUCACGUACCGGUUUGAUCUGUACAGUCUUGGUGUGAUAAUUAUAGAGAUACUCACCGGAAAGAAGGGGUACCACGAUGUUGAUGAUGUAGUUCAAAAAUGGAGUGACAGGUUGGAGAAAUCACAGAGCAGCAUACAGUUGGAACAAGUGCGAAUAUGUGCCGAGAUAGGAAUUGAAUGCACCAACUCCAACCCGAUGAAGAGACCUACUACACAACAUAUAAUCAAUAGACUCGCUGAAACAGAAAGUACGGGGGGUUGUACCAAAACUGGCAUGAUUACAUCAGAACAGGUACAAGUAUGUGCUGAGAUAGGAAUAGAAUGCUCUGGCUGCAACCCGAUGAAGAGAUCUAGUACACAGCAUAUAAUCAAUGGACUGAAUGAAACUGAUAGUAUGGGGGUUUAUACUGAAAUUGGCAUGAGUACAUCACCACAGGCACAAAAUGCUCCGAGUGAACUGAAUCAUGAUACGUCUAAGGCGCAAAGCGAGACAAGCUCUGAGAAUUUCUUAUAUUCAUGGUCAUCAAAUUCAUUCUGGGAUCAAAGGCAGCCAGCGGCUGACCGGCUGGCGUUGGGAAACAUUGUCUGA